AUGGCGAAUGAUUGUGAAAAUCUAAGAGAAAUAUCAUCAGCUUUCAUGGGCAUGAGAAAUUUAGAGAAAUUAUGUCUUAAUAAAUGCUACAAGCUAGCAAAAAUUGAAAGCCUUGAGGGAUUAGAUUCCUUGCAACAGUUUGAGAUAGAUUACUGUGUCUCAUUGAGAAAAUUGCCGAAACUUCGGGGCUCAAAAAACUUAAGGGGGUUAUUUUUUGGUAUGAGGACUUAUCUUUUCAGUAAUGAAGUUUACUUAUCUGAAAUUGAAGGCCUUGAUGGAUUAUACUCCCUCCAAAAUUUGAUCAUAGAGGAGUGCCAUUUAUUAAGAAUAAUUCCAAAUUUGUUAGACUCAAAAAAUCUUGUGUGCAUGAAAAUCCAUAAGUGUCAUUUGUUAUCUGAGAUUGAGAGUCUUGAGGACUUGGACUCCUUGGAGGAACUAUCUAUAUCACAUUGCAGAUCAUUGAGAAGGAUACAACUCCCCAAAAAAUUGAAGAUAUUAGAUAUCCAUUACUGUUGGAUGUUAUCAGAGAUUGAGGGUCUUGAGAAUUUGGAGUCUUUGACAAAAUUUGACCUCCAAAACUGUGAAUCAAUCAUAAGAUUACCAAACUUAUUGAAAUUGAAGAAGUUAGAGCAUUUAAGUAUGUGUGACAUCACAAUGCGACUACAGAUUGGCUGCCUUGAGGGAUUGGAAUCCUUAGAAGCAAGAAGAAAGAGCAGAGGAAGCCAAUGUUGGCAGUUGUGGAGUGCCAAGAAAGCAGAAGUGACCCCACCUGCUCCUGUUCAGCUUGCCAAUAUCAUUGGGGAACUCAUAAGGAGGGGUGGACAAAGAGGGAACAUAAGUGACAGUGUGGCACUUUUCUUGUAUCCAAGAAGUGAACUUGCCAAAAUUGAAUACCAAGAUUUGUCCAACUUAACAAAACUGCAGGAAUUACACAUCAAAGAAUGUAAGAAGUUAACUGAGAUUCUAGGAGUUGAUAGGUUGGAAAUUCUAGAGAUCUUAUCCAUUGAUGGAUGUAUUUCUAUUGAAACAUUACCAAAUCUGUCAAACUUAAAGAACUUGAAGACCAUAAUAGCUCUUGGCUGCAAGAAGUUAACAGAGAGUCAAGCUGCAACAUGCGAGGUGCAAGGUGUGGUAGCAAAAUACAGAUUACCUCCCAGUUUGAAAUACAGGAUUAGGGGGAUCAGGAGUUUUGAAUCCCCCUUGUUUCAACCAAAAAAGAAAAAUUCCUCCCAUGUCAAACCAUCAGGUGUCGUGGUGAAACAAACUGUAGGUGUUGACAGAGAGGUAACCUCAGAGAAGUUGGAUGUUUGUUUGUGA